CCGGUGAAUUGCACGAAAGGGAAAAUGCGGAUAACGGGCAACAUAUUUGUCGAACUCAGGUUUUGGCUUUUGAAAUGAAAGAUUUCUUGUGCUUUAGGUUAUAAAUGUAGAUAAGGUGCUUCAAGUAGGUGGUGACCACGGGAGGAUAUAGGAAAAGAUGUGAGAAAUGGGCCGAUCGUUCCGAAAAUCUAUCGCGCGAGAUAGAGCAAAUUUGAGCUUCUUCAUUGUGGUCAUCUUCUUCGCAGUCUUCAGUGCAAUCGUGCUCACAGAAAUCUUCCUGAUUGAUGAUAGAGCACGUUCAAACUCGCUCAAGAGUGGCCGUGGACCCACGUCACGCCUGCAUCGAGACUACGAUGAAAACGGCCCACAGGGUGCAGAGGACUACCUAGUAUACCAUGGUCAGGUGCCUGUCCCUGUAGCAGAUGAGCCUGGCUCCGCCCCUCUGGCACUGCAUCUACAUCGUCUGCAGGUACCCCCUAUAGGCCCUAGUUCUGCCCCCGAUGCCCCUUUGCCGCCACUUGGAAACUUAACUGCAUCUGGAGGCAGCUGGCAAACCGUCCCAGGCACCAGGUUUAAGUUCUUUGUGUUCUCUGCGUACUAUGAGCGCCGUGGUCAGAGGAGUGUGAGAGUGAUUGCUGCCACCAAGACUCGGGGCCCGGAGAGAGUUUGGUGUCGCCUUUGGUACUCCGGGAACUCAUCUGGAAUCUCUGCCUCCGUUCCAGGGAAAGUGCGGGUCAUAAGAGAAAACUGGAAUCUCAAAUACUCUGCUUGUUUCGUACUCUGUCCGCUCCGCUCCAACCAAACGACGCCGGUUUCGGUUUCUGUGGUGGCCAGACUGCGAGUUCCGCCUACUAAUUUGUUACUGGUCCACCAGCCUCCCAUUGCUACCAACACGACAGGAAGACUAGCCGUGUGUAUCAAACCUCUUCACUACAACUACAGCCAGACCUUGAAGCUGACAGAGUUCAUAGAGCUCAACACUCUACUAGGAGUUUCUCACUUCUUCUUCUACAACCACACAUGCUCAGACCAAGUCAGCUGUAUACUAGAGGACUACAGGAGUAGAGGAAGAGUAUCGGUUCUUCCCUGGAAGCUGGACAUUCCCUCGCAGACCGAGAUCAGAACCGAAGGAUUGUUUGCGGCUCUCAAUGACUGUCUGUACAGAACCAUGUAUCACUUCAGCCACAUUGCGCUGAUAGACUUGGACGAGUUUAUUGUACCGAGACACAACGAUACGCUACAACAGUUUAUUGAGUGGAUGGGUAAGCGGAUCAAUACCCGGAACACAGGCUCCUACAGUUUCCAGAACGCCUUCUUCUACCUCCAGUGGGGAGACGACUACAGCCGAGGCGGGCCACGGAACGCACUGGAGACUCAGCUUAUGACACUGCACAAGACUCGACGGAGAGCCAAGCUCCAUCCACACAAGCAACGGAGCAAGUAUAUCUGCCGACCAGAGCGAGUGAUAGAGGUGGGGAACCAUUUUGUUUGGGAGUUUAUUCCCGGACAUGGAACUGUCAAUGUCCCAGGUGAUGCUGCCAUCAUGCAUCACUACAGGGUUUGUGAAUUUGGAGGAGACGACUGUGUACGAUCAGCAAGUGUAGUGGAUCGAACACUCUGCCGGUACCGAGACCGUCUCAUACGAGCAGUCGGGGAUCAAUGGAACCGAACUAGUCCGGUUUGUGGGCUGCCGGAAAUAACCGCCAAGCCGAUCCACAAGGUUCCAACACCAUCUGCGGCCAGCUAACACUAACCUCAUUGUCAGGUGUAAACCAUCACUUAAAAUCUGAGAGCAGAUGUCAUAUCUUACGAUCAGUGAGCACGUAAUGUGACACUAAUCAUAUCGUAAAACCGGCAAACAAUGCAAUACAACCAGUUGAAUCAACCAAAGCAAUGUGUAGCAACUAGUCACUUUGCGGAAAUAGUUGCUGGUUAAUGGUUGGUGCUUGACCGAUUACUGAUCUCAAAUAGUUCUUCUAGUCAUUGUCGGGUGGCCUAGGAUAAAUUGAACAACAUGUACCUAUGUUUAUUAAGUAAAUAGUAGAGUCCAAUUCCAAAAUCCACUGAAUUGAAAAUCUGCCUAAUCCGAACAGAUGUAGACAAAUUAAAACUGCACAAUGUUUUCUCUCCCUCAUAAAUUUUACCUUUGAUCAGUGACAUAUCGGUUUUGUUAAAAUUUCAGUGAAUUAAAAUAUUUAUUUGACCAUUUUAAAUCCUGAAACAGAAGCUUAGUAUGUUCAUAAAUAUACAGAACUACCUUUGACUAUUGAAACAACUUCAGUAUCCAAUAGUUAUGGUAUUACAUAAAAAAGCUCUACCAAAUCCUUCACCGAGAUCGGACUAGCAGAAACGGAAUACACAACGAGUGUUUUCUCGUUGUUAUUAAUGGGGUAACUCUAUAGAGAAUGCUCUAAAAAUAUAUGUAAUUUGUGCCAUAAAAAAUGCUUUGUGCUGUUUUGGAAAUUAAAAUGGCUGAAAAUAUGGACUCGUAAAUCUAUUUCUAUUUGAGUGCCACGGAUAUAUUCCAAAGAAUAAAAUAGUUGUAAAGAUUUAAUAUCCAGCACAAUAGUGAACAAAGUGUCCCUAAUGCUAGAGUUACCAAAAAAGAAAGUAAACUGUAUAGUAUUGAGAAAACGGUUAACUGUUUGUAAUAGAUCUAACUUGCACAAGUUUGCAAAACAUUAUUAGUAGUAUAAAACAAACAACAAUCUCAGGGCUAAUCAAAGCCAAUGUUUCAAAUAAGAAGAGUCAAACUUUUCUGCAACCUCUACGUCAGUGUUUCCCAACCAGUGUGCCGCGGCACACUGGUGUGCCAGUAGGCCCCUGUAGGUGUGCCGCAAAAUUUUAAGUAGUUAAACAUUUUUUGAUCAAGAAAGAAACUUUUAAUAAAC